UGUGGGGCCGUACCGGGGCCGUACCGGGGCCAUACCGGGGCCAUACCGGGGCCAUGUCGUCGCGAACCCUGCCGCUGCUGUUCCUGAACCUGGGCGGGGAGAUGCUUUACAUCCUGGACCAGCGGCUGCGCGCCCAGAGCAUCCCCGGAGAGAAGGCGCGCAAAGUUAUGAACGACAUCAUUGCCACCAUGUUCAACAAAAAGUUCAUGGAGGAGCUGUUCAAACCCCAGGAUCUCUACUCCAAGAAAGCUCUGCGCACCGUGUACGACCGGCUGGCUCACGCCUCCAUCAUGAGACUCAACCAGGCCAGCAUGGACAAGCUCUACGACCUCAUGACUAUGGCCUUCAAAUAUCAAGUGCUGCUGUGCCCUCGGCCCAGGGACAUUCUGCUGGUCACRUUCAACCACCUGGAUGCCAUCAAGGAUUUCAUCUCCAACUCCCCUGCCAUUCUGAAUCAGGUGGAUGAGACCUUCCGGCAGCUGAUGGAGACCUACAACUGUCUCUCUGAUGGUGAAUUCCAGCUCAUCAGGCAAACACUCCUCAUUUUCUUCCAGGACAUGCACAUCAGGGUCUCCAUCUUUCUGAAGGACAAAGUGCAAAACUCAAAUGGUCGCUUUGUUCUGCCAAUCUCAGGGCCUGUCCCGUGGGGCACUGAGGUUCCAGGGCUCAUCAGGAUAUUCAAUCACAGAGGAGUGGAAGUUAAAAGGACUGAGUUCAGCACUGCUGGGAACUACGUUCUUCCACAGAGAGAAGGAUCUUUUGAGCUUUAUGGAGACAGAGUCCUGAAACUUGGAACAAAUAUGUACAGCGUGACCCGGCCAGUAGAGACACACAUGUCAGGAUCAUCCAAAAAAAUGGCAUCCCAAGCUAAGGAGAACAUAGUCCCCAACCCUCUUGCUAAAGAAGAGCUGAAYUUCCUGGCCAGGCUGCUGGGAGGUUUGGACAUCCAGAAACCGGCUGGUGGCGAGACAGGAUUUCGGCUGAACUUGUUCAUGACCGACGAGGAGGAAGAACACGCUGCACAGACCAGACCAGAGGAGCUGUCCUACAAGGUUAUCAACAUCGAAGCCACAGAGGAGCCAGGGCGGCGGGCGGAGCUGUCCCGCAUCCUCGGGGAGAUGGAGGUGGAGGAACCGCGCCCGGAUAGCGCCGAGAAGGGCGAGGACCUGCUGGCGCUGAUGGAUGGGCUCUGAGCGGGACACGCGGGAACCAGGAC